ACGUUUUAGGGCUGGAAAAAGCAUACAAACAAAUCGCAUGUUUGUUAUUUUUGUUUGCGGUUGCUGUUCGGAUAGCUGACGAUUUCCCUGUUAUAGAUAAUUUGCAAGUAAUAUUCACUUACAAGUGUUCAGUGAAAUAUUAGAUUGACUAUUUUAUAAAAAAAACCUAUCAGAUCAUUCAGCACGGACACGUGAAAAACACCGAAUGUGUUUUCGCCAUAUUUCUGUUCAAGAAAAACAAGAGGAGUUGUGGUUGCUAUGGAGAAGCUGCGGCUGUCAAACCGGGGGUAGGCCGCAGCCUCGGACUGGAGUUUCCUCAGUGGGACGAAAAGGUUGGGCUGACUGGGGCAAAUUUUGUAAAUAAAAGCAAAAGAAAAUGACGCUAUAGCGCGACAUUGCCAAAAUGUAGUGGAGAUUGUUGGUGGUUUAAAAUACGAAGAAACCACCAUCCCUUAAUGAAGUUCGGACCAUUUGCCCAAGUAUAUGCCUUUUUGUCAGGAAGUUUAGACACUUGUUGGACAACUAAAAGUUUUCACGGAGUGCAAAAUGCCGCCGAGGCCAUCAUCGGGAGAGCUAUGGGGAAUCCAUUUGAUGCCCCCACGGAUUCUGGUGGACUGUCUUCUGCCCAAUGGGAUGAUCGUCGCGUUGGAGUGCCUCCGAGAGGCCACGCUUAUCACCAUUAAGCAUGAACUUUUCAAAGAAGCACGGAAGUACCCUCUGCAUCAGCUGCUACAGGAGGAGACGUCCUACAUCUUCGUCAGUGUCACCCAGGAAGCAGAGAGGGAGGAGUUUUAUGAUGAAACCAGAAGACUUUGUGAUCUCAGGCUCUUUCAGCCUUUCCUAAAAGUUAUUGAACCUGUUGGUAACAGGGAAGAGAAGAUUCUGAACAGAGAAAUUGGGUUUGCAAUCGGUAUGCCUGUAUGCGAGUUUGACUUGGUGAAGGAUCUUGAAGUUCAGGACUUCAGGAGAAACAUCCUGAACGUUUGUAAAGACGCAGUGGACCUCAGAGAUGCGAAUGGGCCUCACAGUCGCGCGUUAUACGUUUACCCUCCCAACGUUGAAUCUUCAUCAGAACUUCCAAAACACAUCUACAAUAAACUUGAUAAAGGUCAAAUAAUUGUUGUGAUUUGGGUAAUAGUCUCCCCCAACAAUGACAAGCAGAAAUAUACACUCAAAAUCAACCAUGACUGUGUUCCUGAGCAAGUGAUAGCAGAGGCUAUCCGCAAGAAGACCAGGAGUAUGCUGCUGUCGCCAGAACAGCUCAAGAUGUGCGUGCAGGAGUACCAGUGCAAGUACAUCCUCAAGGUUUGUGGCUGUGAUGAGUACCUGCUGGAAAAGUACCCCCUGAGUGAAUACAAGUACAUAAGGAGCUGUAUUAUGCUCGGUCGGAUGCCAAACCUAAUGUUAAUGGCGAAAGAGAGCCUCUACUCCCAGUUACCCAUGGAUACGUUCACCAUGCCAUCCUACGCCCGCCGCAUCUCCACUGCCACACCCUACAUGAAUGGCGAGGCCUCCUGCAAGACCCUGUGGAGUAUCAGCAGCACCCUGAGGAUACGGAUCCUCUGUGCGACAUACGUCAACGUAAACAUUCGAGACAUAGAUAAGAUUUACGUGAGGACUGGAAUAUACCACGGGGGAGAGCAGAUGUGUGACAAUGUGAACACACAGCGUGUGCCGUGUUCUAACCCGAGGUGGAAUGAGUGGCUCCAGUAUGACAUGUACAUCCCCGAUAUUCCCCGUGCGGCUCGUCUCUGUCUUUCUAUCUGCUCUGUCAAAGGAAGGAAAGGGGCGAAAGAGGAGCACUGUCCACUUGCAUGGGGGAAUGUGAACCUCUUUGAUUAUACACAUACUCUUGUCUCGGGGAAAAUGGCACUCAACCUAUGGCCAGUGCCUCAUGGGCUUGAAGAUCUCCUUAAUCCGAUAGGUGUCGCAGGAUCCAACCCAAACAAGGAAACUCCUUGCCUUGAGCUGGAAUUCGAUUUCUUCAACUGCCCAGUGAAGUUCCCAGACAUGGCAACAGUCGAGGAACAUGCAAACUGCACCAUAUCCAGAGAGCUCGGCCUCAAUUAUUGCCAGUCCGGACUGAGCAAUAGAUUGGUGCGAGACAAUGCUCUAACAGACAAUGAUACGGAGCAGCUAUGCCAGGUGUGCAACAGAGACCCUCUAUCUGAGAUCACUGAGCAGGAGAAGGACUUCCUGUGGCGACACCGAUAUUAUUGUGUGAAUAUGCCAGAAAUUCUGCCUAAGAUCCUGCUUGCAGUAAAGUGGAACUCAAGAGAUGAAGUAGCACAGAUGUAUUGCCUUCUGAAAGACUGGCCAGCAAUAAAGCCAGAACAAGCCAUGGAAUUGCUGGAUUGCAACUACCCAGACCCAAUGAUCCGGGAUUUUGCUGUUAGGUGUCUUGAGAAGUAUCUGACAGAUGACAAACUCUCACAGUACCUCAUUCAGCUUGUACAGGUCCUAAAAUAUGAGCAGUACCUCGAUAAUCCACUGGUGCGAUUUCUGCUUAAAAAAGCCUUGACUAAUCAGAGGAUCGGACACUUCUUUUUUUGGCACUUGAAGUCUGAGAUGCAUAACAAAACAGUGAGCCAACGCUUCGGGCUGCUGCUGGAGUCUUACUGCAGAGCAUGUGGGAUGUACCUGAAACACCUGAGCAGACAGGUGGAGGCCAUGGAGAAGCUGAUAAACCUCACAGACAUCCUCAAGCAGGAGAAAAAAGAUGAGACACAGAAGGUACAAAUGAAGUUUUUAGUGGAACAAAUGAGAAGGCCAGACUACAUGGAUGCGCUGCAGAGCUUCACAUCCCCACUAAACCCUGCACACCAGCUAGGAAACUUACGACUUGAAGAAUGCAGGAUUAUGUCAUCUGCCAAAAGGCCCCUGUGGCUAAACUGGGAAAACCCCGAUAUCAUGUCGGAGCUUCUCUUCCAGAACAAUGAGAUCAUCUUCAAGAAUGGGGAUGAUUUACGGCAAGACAUGCUAACUCUCCAGAUUAUCAGAAUAAUGGAGAACAUUUGGCAGAAUCAGGGUCUUGACCUCAGAAUGCUGCCCUAUGGUUGCUUGUCAAUCGGUGACUGCGUGGGACUCAUUGAAGUGGUGAGGAAUUCCCACACCAUUAUGCAGAUCCAAUGCAAGGGUGGCCUGAAGGGGGCGCUGCAGUUCAACAGCCACACUCUUCACCAGUGGCUGAAGGACAAGAAUAAAGGGGAGAUGUAUGAUCUGGCCAUUGAUUUGUUUACAAGGUCCUGCGCUGGUUAUUGUGUAGCUACCUUUAUCCUCGGGAUUGGGGACAGACACAACAGUAAUAUCAUGGUAAAAGAUGAUGGACAGCUUUUUCAUAUCGAUUUUGGACAUUUCCUGGAUCAUAAGAAGAAGAAGUUUGGCUAUAAACGAGAACGAGUGCCAUUUGUUUUAACCCAAGACUUUUUAAUAGUGAUCAGCAAAGGAACACAAGAGUGCACUAAGACCAGAGAAUUUGAGAGGUUUCAAGAGAUGUGCUACAAGGCUUACCUUGCCAUCCGACAGCAUGCAAACCUCUUCAUCAACCUCUUCUCCAUGAUGCUGGGCUCGGGCAUGCCUGAGCUACAGUCCUUUGAUGACAUUGCUUACAUCCGGAAGACCUUGGCUCUGGACAAAACGGAACAGGAGGCUCUAGACUACUUCAUGAAGCAGAUGAACGAUGCACAUCAUGGUGGAUGGACAACAAAGAUGGACUGGAUCUUCCACACGAUUCGACAGCAUGCUUUGAACUGAGAUAGACAUGGGCAUUGGAGCAACUGGAUAUCAGAUUCCAGUCAGCCGCAAAUGGUGCAUUCAGACCUAGGAAACAUCAGGUGACGACCCCACUUUAUUGAUGAAACACUAUAAACAGUCUUUUUUUAAAACCUACAGCAUCCAAAAAGCCUGUUGUCUUGUAGGGGGUGGGGGCUUCUGCAUCCAUGGCAAAUGGUUAUUGGGUUUGCCUGUGGUUUUGUUAAAGAGGGACUUUCCUCCCCCCCGCCCCCACUUACUUGCUGCUUCAACCUGGGGAACGCCCAGGAGUAUAUUGUCAUGCCCUUUAUUAAAAUAAAAUUAAAAAUAAACAAAACAGUAACGCACCUCUAAUUUUCAGAAGGUCUGGGGAUAUGGAUGUCUUCCUCUAAGUUUUAUGCCUUUAAGUAUGCACAGAAAAUAGAAACUGUUAAGCGAAACAGGGUAGAAUUUUGUUUUUGGUUCAUGUGUUUGAACAGAAAGUGAAGUCACUAAACAUGAGGUCCCUAUGCUCCGUACAAGGUGACAAUAGUGACACCUUGAGGGAGCUACUGGCAUUGCACACGUCGAUCCUGAGAGCAUUAAAGACUUAACAUGAUUUUCUUUUGAGCCUAGAUUAUUACGUUUUAGUGAAGAUGAUGAAUACUGGAAGUGCUAUUAAAACAUUUUGCUGUUUAGAAAGCCUUAACUGAUUUGCAGUGAGAGUGUCUCAGUCCAUUUGGUGUCUCCGUGCUUCACACCAGUGCAGUGAUUUUAGACCUUACAGUUAAGCUUUGUGUCCAUUACGUAAUGUCAAGGGUCUGCUGUGAUGAAUGUUGGAAAUUGCAGUAACAUGACUUGCCCAUUUCCUGAUGAAGCAGUUUUCUGAAUUUAUGUUUUGUUAUUUUAUUAUUUUAUUUUGCUAAUGUGCAUGUACAGAGACAUAAAUUUGCAAAAAAAAAAAAAAAGCUGGAUUUUUGGGUUACAUUUUGUCAGGGAAUUCUGAAUUUUAAACCGUGGGUACUGAUUUUUUCAAUAUUAUCAGUUUCCUUUACAAAUACAGCAUUUACUGCCUCACACUUUAAAUCUAUCAUUUUGUUUAAUAGCUCUACAGGUACAUUGAAGAUUAUUCAUGUAGAAAGAGCAGUUUCAUUUCUUGACAGGAAGAUGCAGGAAUGUGUUCUGAGGGUCUCCACAUUCUGCUGCUGCCUGAAUACUUAUUUAUUGCCCUUCUACAUAGCUCUCCCCAUCCACUGAAAUACAUUUAAAGGGAUAUGGAAUUGCUAUUAUUUUGUUACUGAAAACUAUUUAGAUAUCUCCUGAUAUAAGAAUGUAUUUCAUGUCAUAUUUCUUUACUUAGUUUCUUUCAAAUUUAUAUAGGUUCAAUAAAAUAUAAUUUUAUAUAUGAGGAUUAACUGUUAAAGGGGCAGUAGGUGAACACUUGGAGGUUACUUGGCGUGUUGUUGAAUUUCUCAUGGGGCUGAAAAACGCAGCCAGAUUAGCUUCUGAAAAUUCUUUUCACCCAGAAUGUCAGGAUAUUGAGAAUAGUGCACUAACAUUGGGGGAGAAAUUAUUUUAUUAGUGCCACUUUACAAUAAGGCUUCCAUUAUAAAGGGUUUAUGAAUGGUUUAUAAUCUGGUUAUUAAUUAGGUUAUAGCACUUUGUAAAUUAUUAAGACAGUUUUAAACAAGUUAUAACAGUUUUCUUUUUAUUAAUGAGUUACUACCAUUUACAAGUGGCAAAAGGGAGUCUUAUUGUAAAGUGAUACCUUUUAAUUUUUUAUCCUGAUUUGCCCCUUACACCUAUUCUCAAACAUUACCUGCUCUACAUUAACUACUAGAAGAUACAAUGAGAAGAGGAAGAAUGUAACUGUGUUACCAUAUUACAUGUUCAGUGAGGUUAUACAUUUCCAAAUAGACAUGGUACAUAUACUCGGUCCACCAACACCAUUAGUGUUUGCAGUUAUGCACUUUGUAUUUUUUUAAUAUUCUUUCCUAAAGACCCUGCAGUUUCCCUCACGCAUGUUUAAACAAUGUCAUUCAUUUGCUACAUACUAUCUUAAAUGGGUCAAUCUUUUUGAAGCUUAUAAUGGUGAGUGGCAUUAUGAUGGCUUUUAUUGCAUGGUUUGCAAGUGAUGUGUAUUGUUUUAUUUUCUGUACAGGUUACAGACAAUGGUGGGCUGGGCCCAUCUGAAAAACCUCUAAAUGCUAUUUUCACCUGAUUUUUUUAUAUACAUAUAUUAACUUCCAUGAUGCAGCUUUACUUGAACUUGUUUUUAUGACCCACCUUUUUGCUGUAAUAGAGGACAUGUCAUUGUAUAGCCUAGCAUUGAACAUUGGUUAAUCUAGGCAAUUUCAUACCGAUUGUGAAUGUUUCAAACCUCUCAAUGCAGUUAGGGACACUAAAAAUUUACUUUUUUUUGGGAACUUAGGCCAAACUUUAAAGUAAAGGGAGGUAACGGAUCAACAUUUCAGAACAGCUAGGAGAUAUAUUGAAAGACUCAAGUAUAUAUACAGUUUUACAUUAUAGGUAACAUACAUUAUUGUUUUGACAAACUAAGGCCCAGUAUACAUUUUCAUAGCGGUUUUAAAACAUUAUCGUUACUACUUCAACUAUUAAUACUACUAUGCUACUCCUACUAUUGAAUAUGUCAUGGGCCAAAUGUAGGUGGCACAGAACCUUCAUGCAUGCAAGUCAGUUGCUGCUUUUUCUUUUUUAUCCUGCUAAAGCUUUAUAGGAUGUUUGGCCUAAGACUGCACUCUGUAGUAAACCAUUUAUUCAAUUUUAACUGCUACCAAAUAAAAGCCUGUCUUUUCAGUUACAAACUGUCUGUUCCAUUGUGUAUUUAAAGUUGCUUUGUAUGGAGUCUCUGAUGAGUGUUGUGUAAUUAUGUACAAAUAAAAUUAUUUCAGAUAA